AUGUUGGCGAACGAUGCGGUCUCGCGUGUAAGUAUCCUCAGUCGGCGGCCGGUCAAGAUGGCAGAGGGCCACGAGGCCAAGGCGAAAGUCAUCAUACACAAGGACUUCAAGACGUACGAUCAGGCACUGCUGGACGAGCUGAAGGACGCGCAGGGCUGCGUGUGGGCGCUGGGUGUUUCGCAGAACGAUGUCGACAAGGCGCAGUACUUCGAGAUCACACACGAGUAUCCCCUUGCCGCCGCCAAUGCUUUUUCGAAGCUCCAUCCCGAAUCGCCGUUCACGUUCGUCUUCGUAUCCGCAGAGGGAGCCACGCACAACCCCGGCAUGUUCUCAGCUGUUUACGAGCGGGUGAAGGGGCAGGUCGAGAAGGCCAUGUUCGAAUUCUACAAGGCGACACCAAACUUUAAGCUCUAUACGGUGCGACCCGCGGGAGUGGACUGGCGGAGUCACCCAGAGAUACAGCCCUUCAUGCCCAGCCAGCCAUUUUGGAAGAGGGCGCUGAUUCCGGUCAUCGAUACGGUGUACAAACCCAUGAUCACGCCCACGCGGCCGAUGGGUCGGAUAAUGACAGAGCUGGCGAUGAGCAAAGGAAAACCGCUGGAGGGAGAGGAUAUACAGAUGGAGGGGACGCUCGUGAGCAACGUUGCUUUCAGGAGACUGGCAGGACUGUAG